UUCAUAGUCGAACUCAUCCGAAAUCUAUAUGUCGUUGGCUACCUUCACCAUGGGUGUUUUCACCUCUCCGUCGGUUUCUCAUGAAAAGUUUGUUCGCUUGUCGCGUUUGUUCUCGAGAUAAAUAAUCUUAGAUGUGUCUUAAAGUACUAUACGAAGUACGUUCAUUUCAUAAUUGUAUUUUUUUACGAUAAAUUUGAUGUGUGUUUUAUUCUUCGCUGUUUUCGGUAUCGCACAUGUGAAAAUUAGGAUUUUGACGGAUCUGAUUUAAUGCAAUGGCGACGUUACUUUCCAUUAUGUUGUCCACGUUUCUUCUAACCAUUGGUUAUCGCCAUGCUCCUGAAAAUUCUUGCAACUAUGCAAUGCCAGUGCUAAAAAAUCAACGAUAGGAAAAGAAUGAUCUUCUUCCGGUAUAUCGACGAAAGAAUUGCAAGUUUCUUGAGAAGAAGAAGAGAAGCUUCGAGAAAAAAGUUGCCGAUUUUACAAAUUAUGUUUGAUUUCGAAAACUCAUAUGCAUUUUUCCGUGUUUCUUAGUGGGCUUUAUCCAAACGUUUUAAAAACCAAAGUGUAUUUUAGUGUUUAUUUUGCACAUUUACAUCACGAAAUGUGUAUUAUGAAAAUUUUAUAUUCACAUCAUCAUAGCUCAAUAUUCAUGCAAAAGGAUCAAACAUAAGAACAUUGCAAGAACAUUUGCAAAAAAAUUUUUAUAUUUCAUGACUCAGUGGCAGUGAAUUCAAAUAGUGGACGAGUUGAAAUUACAUACAAAAAAUGGGUAAUUGUUUCAGCAGUCCAACAGAUACAGAAAAAGAAAAGCCUGAUAGAAUAGGCAACCCUAAUAUAGAGGCAGUUGCAUCUCAAGCUAGUCCAGUGCCAACACCACCUCCAGAUCCUAUUAGGCCUAUGCCACAAAUCCCAGAUGCGGAUGUGCCAACAGCAAAAAUUUUUGUUGCACUUUAUGAUUAUGAUGCACGUACAGAUGAAGAUUUAAGCUUCAGAAAAGGUGAACAUUUAGAAAUCUUAAAUGAUACUCAAGGAGAUUGGUGGUUAGCUAGAAGUAAAAGAACUCGACAAGAAGGAUAUAUUCCCAGCAAUUAUGUUGCAAAGUUAAAAUCUAUAGAAGCAGAACCAUGGUACUUCAGAAAAAUUAAACGAAUUGAAGCAGAGAAGAAGUUAUUGCUUCCUGAAAAUGAUCAUGGUGCAUUUUUAAUUAGAGAUUCUGAAAGUCGACACAAUGAUUAUUCUCUUUCGGUACGCGAUGGUGAUACAGUUAAACACUACCGUAUUAGACAACUGGAUGAAGGUGGUUUCUUCAUUGCUAGAAGAACUACAUUCAGGAACCUUCAAGAUCUUGUCGAACAUUAUAGUAAAGAUGCUGAUGGGCUGUGUGUAAAUCUCUGCAAGCCCUGUGUACAGGUUGAGAAACCUGUAACUGAGGGUCUUAGUCAUCGUACAAGAGAUCAAUGGGAGAUUGACCGUUCAUCUCUCAAAUUUGUGAGAAAAUUAGGCCAGGGUCAAUUUGGAGAAGUGUGGGAAGGAUCUUGGAAUAAUACAACUGCAGUAGCAAUAAAGACACUAAAACCAGGAACUAUGGAUCCUAAAGAUUUCUUAGCAGAAGCACAAAUUAUGAAGAAACUUCGUCAUGCAAAGUUGAUUCAACUAUAUGCUGUUUGUACUUUGGAGGAACCUAUUUACAUCAUCACAGAAUUGAUGAGGAAUGGUAGUUUGUUAGAAUAUUUGCAAGGGAAAGGAAAAACAUUAAAUUUACAACGAUUAAUUGAUAUGGCUGCACAAAUUGCAGCAGGUAUGGCGUAUCUUGAGUCACAAAAUUAUAUCCAUCGAGAUUUAGCUGCUCGAAAUGUAUUAGUAGCAGAAUUAAAUGUUGUGAAGAUUGCAGAUUUUGGUUUAGCUAGGCUUAUUAAAGAAGAUGAGUAUGAGGCCCGAAUAGGUGCACGCUUCCCCAUUAAAUGGACUGCACCUGAGGCUGCAAAUUAUAGUAAAUUCAGUAUUAAAUCUGAUGUGUGGUCAUUUGGUAUUCUUCUGACUGAAUUGGUUACUUAUGGUAGAAUACCAUAUCCGGGUAUGACAAAUGCUGAAGUUCUUCAUCAAGUAGAACAUGGAUACAGAAUGCCAUGUCCACCUGGUUGUCCAACUGCAUUGUAUGAUAUCAUGUUAGAGUGUUGGAACAAAGAUCCAAUGAAGAGGCCAACUUUUGAAACAUUGCAAUGGAAACUGGAAGAUUUCUUCACCAUGGAAGGUUCUGAGUAUAAGGAAGCAUCUGCAUAUUAAAAUAUUAAAACAGUUUAUAGUUCUUAUAGCAUAUUUCGUUAUGUUUUCUAUCAACAAGAUAUAAUAGAUAUUCUGUAUGAAUGAUAAAUGCAGAUUAUUAUAAUUAACAGUUAAAUUCAGAAUACGGAUGUUUGUGAUAUUUGAGAGAGUAUACUUUAUACUGAAGAAUAGUCUUCUUUCUAUAAACUAUAAAUACGGUUUAUUUUUUUAGCAAUAUGACCACGCCAAUCGCUUUUGUUAUAUAUUCUGGCUGCCAUAAAAUUAUAGAGCAACUUUGUCAAUUCAUGAAUGAUUACACACAAACGAACAUUGAACGUUAAUUAGUGGCUUUUAAAAGCAAUGACAUAAUCUAGAUUUUAUUUUGGAAAAUUAUAUUCUGAACGUGUAAACGUCGGUAUUAAUAGCAUCUGUUGGACAGUAUUUAUGGGAGUUAACAUUUUUUAACUAAAAAUUUGUUGUUUACUAAUCUUGACGAGAUAAUGCGAUUGUCAGAUGUAUUACAAAUUUGAUGUAACAAAAUUUUCAGAUACUGCACAGCCAAUUUAAGCCAAUUUUUUUUGGAAGAUUGUUUACAUUACAAUUUCAAGCAUCUAUUAUAUAGCAGUAAGAAGGAUUAUUGUGUGUCUUGAUUUAUCAUUCCUUCUUAUUUAUUUAUAUAUAUAUACUCACAUACUUUUAUUAUUAUUAUAAUUGUUAAUUUAUUAUUAAGAACUCGCAAGUAUGACGCAUUUUGUGUUCAAAAUUUAUAAAACACAAUCUGUUGAAAACUCAUGAGUGGCCUAUUAAGCCAACAUACAUGUAAGAUAAAUUUUAUGAAUAUUUAUUAUUACUGUUCACUGUUCUUUUUUUUCUUUUUUUUUUUUUUUUUGCAUAUGUUAACUCUCAGUUAUUCUUGAAAAAACACAUAUUAACUAAAAGCAAUGUAUUUAACCUAAAAAUUAUUCCUGUUCAUAAAAAAUAUAAUACGUGUGUAAGAUAAUAUAAGUAUACAAGGGUAUUAACAUUACUAGAGAAGCAUGUAAACUAUUAUAUUUGGAUUUUUUAUUUAAUAGUAUAAAAUAGGUUAUAAUCUUAGAAUUUCAAAUUAAUAUUCAUUGAUAUUAAUUAUUCAGUUGAUUAUUUUUUCGUAUUACUUCAGUUUAUUAUUGCUAUUUCUGAUUUCCAAACUCAAAUUUUUCAUUUUUACCUAUUUGUAUACUAUAAAUUAUGUUUUUAAUUUCUUAGGUUGCUAAAUGUCAUCUUUUAUCAAUAUUUAUGAAAAUUAUAAUUUUUAAAUGAAACAAUACAAUUUUUGGGAAUAUAUUAGAACUGUUUGUUUCAUUUUGGCUUUUUUAAGAGUCUAGGGUAAAUAGAGUAAACAUAUACAUGUCUUAGAUUAUCUAUAUUUGCAUUUGAUGCUGUAUUUAUUAAUAUUUACUUUCUUUUUGGAAAAAUUUUCAUUAUUUCUAUAUAAUGUAUACUUCUCAAAAUUGUAUGAAAACAAGUUUAUUUCGUUUAUAAAAAGACAUUAAGACGUUAGAUAUGUGUGAACACAUAGAAUUUGUAAUAUGUUUCAUUUCAUGCCUUUUAUAUAGAUGGAUAUACAAAAUAAUGAUCAAAAAUAAACAAAAUUUGUCUAGUCAGAGACCACUAUUCUAUUGUGAACAUUUAUGGUGUUAAAUACGUUUACACCAUUCUUUUCAUGAACAUAAGACAUACUGCCAAAUAAAUAUAAAGAAACAGCUAUCAUGCUAUUAUUAUUAAACGAAAAAGGAUAUGAAACUGUAUAAUGACACAAUGUUAUACUAAGAAUUAAAGUAAAAACAGAACAUUACUUAAACUUAAGUAAAAGAAUGUUUAAUUAUGUUUCUGUGGUCAUCUGAUAAUUAAUUUAAAACAUUUUUGUGUACUAUUAUUUUAAGAAAUUAUAUUGCUGGUAUUAAAUAGUAUUAAAACUGAUGAUAGUAAGAAUUUAAAAAAUCAUUUAUGUAGGAUAUCAGGCACUUUGUACAAAAGUAAAUUUUUAUAUAAGCAUAUAUAUUUAUAUUUUGUACAGUUUUAUUUGAAUAUAAUGAAAUGCUUUUUAUAUAUAUAUGAAAAUUUCAUUAAAGCGUAAAAUGUCUACAUGAUUUUUAUACAGUAAGCUCAAUAAUUUUUUCACUGAUCUUUUAAUUAAAGAAGCGAAGAAUACAGUGGUAUAUAAGUAUUAAUUGUGUGAAAUAUAAUGAUGCAUAUAAUUUUUAAAAAUAAACAUAACACCUAUGACAUCGUUAACGAAAUAGUAUUAUCGUUAAUAAAAUUGUUCAUAUAUAAUUGUAUUAUGUCAUAAUUAUUAUAUUAUAUACGACUUUAUAAUUUUGUAUGUAUGCAUAGAUAUAUACAGUAUACAUAAAUAUUAUAUAAUUGCGUAUAGUACAUACAUAUUCAUAUCGUGCGCGUGCGUGUGUGUUUGUGUGUACAUACAUGUAUGUAUAUAUAUAAAUGUGUAUAUAUGUAUACAUAUAGUACAUACAUCGCAUGUUAAAAAAUAUUACAAAAGCAAUUUUAA